AUUUGUGAUAAUUAUCAGUUGAGAAACAAAGCUAGUGUGUUUGUUGUAAUAUGAAUUCGCGGUAGUCCGCACACUGGUCAUUAUCCUCGCAUUAUUUGCUUAGUAAAAUGCUUAGUAAAUACCUGUAGUCGUUUUCCAUAUAAAUUUGCAAUUAUUAUAGGUAUAUUCAUAUUUAGUGAAAAGUGUGCGAAGCAUAUAAAGUAUGAAUUAAUAAAAGGAGUACCAUUAUUUUAUAAAAAAAGCUAACGCUGGGUAACGAGCUCAGUCCUAUAGACUACAAAAAAAAAACAGUUUUUGAAGAAACUCGAGUCGACAAUUGCAAUAUCAACUGCACACAAAGGAUGUUAAUAUAAUUAACGGAAGUUACAUAAAUAAUUGUAUCCUGUGGAUUGACAGCUGGAGGAGAAUUGAAUUUGUUUUUGGCCUUUGUGUUGGGAAUGUAUAUGCAUUGGUACUAUAACUUCUUAGUGCGGCGGCCUUAUCUAAUGGUCCUGGCCGUGGCGGUUUUGUGUACAGCUUGCAUUACAGUGUCCUUGACCAUGAAUACAGCACCUGAUUUCACCGAUCCCACAUUGGGCUUUGAAACACGAGGCACUGUAUUAGGAAAACGUCUAACCGCUUGGAAUAAUCUGAUACAGGAAACGGGCCCGUUUGGAAGCCUUGUAACGGAUCCCAAUGAUUUGCGAGAUUACAAUGCUAUUAGCCAUCAUCACGUGAAUAAGAAGUGGAAACACCAACUUCAUAAUCGAGCGCACAAACGCAAGAGUCAGAAAAGACCCAAAAAUCCGAAACAUCACAAAAAUAAAGAAUUACAUUUGAGUAAAAAAGUUUCAUUUCUCAAGAAUGAAUUCAACAUAACACAUAAAAAUAAUGGGAGUGAUCUCUUACCAACACAAUGGCACGGUGAUAGCGGUGUUUUUCGCGAUUAUGAAAUUACAAAUGAUUCGUUUUCCUCCAUGGAAAGGUCUAAUCGGAGCGAACGUUUUGAGUAUGGACGUAACACGACAUCCAUAGAUGAAGAUUACCACCGCGAAAAGGUGCAAAUAAAAAAGAGUACCUGGAAUAUACUGAAACAGGCUCCAGUGCCACCUAGUUGGGGUGUAGACGGUCCCCAUGUGGAUGGUUAUUUUUGUGACUCGCCAUCUAACGAUUACUCUCAUUUUGUUGUUGUGCGUAUAGGCCCUAAUGCAACAGACUCACUUUUUGACCUUAAUGGACUGUUGUCAAUGUGUCAAUUACAGAAUCAAAUUAUCGCUGUCCCUAGCUAUGGCGAAUUUUGUCAGAAAGAAGAGCUCACUGACACAUGUUGUCGACCAUGGUCAAUACCAAAUUACGCUGCACUUCUGGUCAAUAAGAGCUCAUGCUUUGAUUUGAAUUCUGAUGAUAUUGUAUUGCUCCAAAACUUAUUGGUGAUGUGUUUUGAGUAUUAUCAUGAUUUGAAACUUAGUAACGACUGCAGCGAAUUCAGUCCCUGUACAGCUCCGGCCGAGUGCUCUCGCGGCAACAUCGUGUUUAAUAUCCUACAUUAUUUGACUGAUGUCAAUUUUAUACGAAUGAAUGACUCAACAAUAUUUUUGAAAUAUGCAAUGAUAUUUGUGCCUGUGGCUUAUACAUCAAAAAUCCUGCCGCUGUUUCAUGAAUGGGAAGAUACUGAUUUGAAAAAUGAACUUGUACAAGUGGUGUCGAUGGAUUUGGGACUGGAAAACGAGCUUUUUAAUGAGUCUUUGCUUACAGACGUUUGGUUGGUCUCAUUGGGCGGCAUAUUCGUUAUGACCUGUAUUUGGCUGUAUACAACUUCGAUAUUUAUAACGUUGAUGGUGUGUGUUGCAGUGCUGUUUUCAUUGGGAUUAGCCUACUUUGUUUAUACUCUUGUAUUCAAAAUGUCAUUCUUUCCCUAUAUGAAUUUGUUAGCUGUGGUCGUUAUUAUAGGCAUAGGAGCAGACAAUGCAUUCCUGUUUGUGAAAAUUUGGCAAUGCGUUAUUGCAGAACGCUUCACAAAGGCAACCUCGAAUCAUGUGACGUCAGUUACCGAUAGUGGUAGUGAGCAUACGGAAACUUUACAAAAUCUAAUGGCGUCUACAUUUCAUCAUUCGGCAUUGUCAAUGUUUGUAUCUUCAUUAACAACCGCAACCGCAUUCUUUGCAUCGUACACCAGCUCCAUUACGGCGAUAAAAUGCUUUGGUGUCUUUGCGGGAACUGUAGCUAUAACUAAUUAUUUGCUUAUGAUAACUUGGCUACCUGCUGUCGUGUGCAUAAUGGAACGUCUCUCUGCCUGUACGGUCUGCAAUAGUAAGCUUCCCUUGCAGAAAUUAUUGCUCAUGUUCAACAAGUCAAUUACAAAGUCCUGUCAACUAUUUGAGGCAAUUAUUACAAGGGCUGUGAUGAAUUACGCAACAAUUUGGAUAUGCUUAUUUGGCGCGAUAGGAUUAUGUAGCGCAAUUAUUGUAUUAUAUGUGCCUGGCCUACAGUUGCCUGAUAGUUCCCAUUUUCAACUGUUCUCAAGUAGUCAUCCCUUCGAAAUUUAUAAUAGCAAAAUGAAAAAUGAGUUUUGGUUUGAGAAAUCGAUGUCGGCCUAUGAAAAUUUUAAAUUACCGCUACGCUUCGUGUGGGGUAUCCAGCAAGUUGACGACGGUGAUUACACUGAUCCCUAUUCUCGUGGAAACUUAUAUUAUGACAAUAAUUUUAAUAUAUCAACUAAGGCUGCACAAAUCUGGCUGUUGAAUUUUUGCAAGAAAAUAAGACAACAACCAUUUUAUGAAGUUACAUUUGGAUCGUUGCUGUCAAAUUGCUUUAUUGAGAAUUUCAUUUCAUUAAUGGAGCGCAUGUGCAUAGAUGGAAUGGACAAUUCGGAUCGUACACCAUGUUGUGAUGUAUCAAAGUUUCCCUUUGAGCCUCACGUUUUUGACACCUGCUUGCCGGAAAGCAUGUCCUUACUCUAUGCGACACCGCGUAUGUAUUACACACCUGGGGUGGCUGGACCUAGAUUUCUGGCGGAGAAGAAUACCCUUGGCUCGUCACAUGGCCACCACGACAAAACUAUAAAAAAUGUGUCUCAAAAUCGAAUUGUGGCUCCACCAAAAGUGAAAGCUUUGGUGAUCGAAUUCGAAUCGAAUGUCACAUACACCACGGCCUACAAUGACGUAAGAAAAUUUGUUCAAGCAGUCGACCAGUGGCUAGCAGAUGAGUUGAAAACAGCACCACCCGAAAUGCAAGGCGGCUGGUUUACGAGCGAACUCAAAUUCUUCGACACACAGAACACACUGAGUCACGACACUUUGGUAGCGAUUAUUGUGGCAAUGAGUGCUUCGCUCUUUGUUUUACUACUGGUUACCUUGAAUGUUUUAGUAUCCCUAUAUGCCGUUAUAACUGUGUUGCUUACAAUCUUUACGACGGUAUCAAUACUAAUAUUGGUUGGUUGGAAGCUAAAUGUAUUGGAGAGUAUUACUGUAAGUACGGCGAUUGGAUUAGCGGUAGACUUUAGCCUACACUAUGGUAUACAUUAUCGCAUGUCGCCGACGAGUGAACGCCUGGCUGCUAGUCAAUUCACAUUGUCGCGGAUUGUAGGACCAACGUCGAUGGCAGCAAUUACUACAGGUGUGGCUGGUGCUUUAAUGCUGGCUUCCAAUGUACUGCCGUAUAUACAGAUUGGUUUGUUCUUAGUUAUUGUAAUGAUUGUUAGCUGGUUGUACGGAACGUUUUUCCUUAUGAGUCUAUUAAGGACAGCUGGUCCGCAGUAUGGUUUCAUGCAGUUCAGUUACCCUUUAAUAAGUAAAGGGUCGGCAAAUAGCGGCAAUAAAUAUUAUGAAAGAAAACAAAGUCAAGUUAUUGCUAGCGAGCAAUUACUUACACCAUCAAGUUCGGCAAUCGGCGAAUUAAUCAGUUCGGAAACACAUGAGCUUGAGUCGCUCACAUCGAGUUCGUUGAUUAAGACGAUUUCCGGUACAGAAAGCUCGCAUCCACUGAGUGUAGAUUUCGAACAUUCUUUCAAUAAUAAGCCUGCCAAUACCAAUGCCAACAUAUCAUCCGCCAUUGAUCGCAAAGGUCCGUCUAUCGAAAGCUCAAUAUCUGAGUUACAUGCUACAAACUGAGAUACCUAUAUUUGUACAUAUAUGUGUAAUUAACUAUUUUUUAUUACACCGUGCGACAGUACACUU